AUGGGCUUCUAUACUUGGCGAUCUGCGAGGCGAGCAAUAGAGCAAGAGAAUCUCCAGAACACGACUCUCGCCAGAGUUCUUGACAGUACACUGGAGCAUUGGAACGCCGAGCUCUUCCUGUCACACGGUCUCAUCGUGAGACUGGAGUUUCCAGACGAUAGAGCAACACAAGAGAAGGAUGACAGAUACCUAAAAUUUGUCGGGCUACAAAAGAACUCCCCUCACUCUCAGAGCAUGAGAAUCACCAAAGAGUAUGGACAGAGUUUGUACUGGGUCAGCGGUCUAGACAAACCCCGGUUGGUGCUGACGCACCUAUAUACUGGCUGCGACGACCAAGAAUCACCUCCGGUUCUGUGA